UCACUUCCCCUGCGGUGUUUAAAUAGUACCUUCUUGAGACCCCGAGAGAAUGGCUUUACCGGUCCCUACUACUUUCUUCCGAAAGGCUCUGCGGGUGAUCGAGGUCGACAGUCACCAUGCAAGUCUGGUCGGUCUUGGGCGUCGCCAGCCUGGCUUUAGUCCAGAGCUGUGCUGCUGCUGCCGCCGCCUACUCUUCCUCCUCAGUCACCUCUCAGGCAGUCAUUUCCACCGCCACUGCAACAUCCAGCGCAAGCACACAAGAUGGUGCGACGACUACCUCUGCAGGGUCUACCACAUCAUCCUCUGAGAAUGCUGUCACUACAUCGUCUUCGGCCUCUUCCACCGCCGUCGUAGUGGCUACAGACACCUCUGGCCAAUUCACUGCCAUCGGAGACGCUAUCUCUUACGCCCAGUCAAUGGGUCUCCCCACGGUGACCGUCAAGGCCGGCACGUACACCCAAGCCGUCACUGUCUCUGCCACGGCAACCGUGACCGUGAUCGGCGAGUCAUCCAGUCAACGAGACUAUAGCCAGAACCAAGUCACCAUCUCAGCCACCAGUCCUCUGACCAUCUCCUCCAACGUCCUCGGCAUUACCUUCCGCAACAUCAACUUCGUGAACACGGCUACUGGCAGCAGCUAUGCAGCCGCAGUCAUUCGGGGCUCAAAGAAUGCCUUCUACGGCUGUCAGUUCGUCUCGGCCGGUAGUCUUGGUAUCAAUGCCAACCUGGGACUUGCCGUGAUUGCCGACAGCUACAUCGAAGCCCUGGACAAGAUCAUCUAUGGGUAUCCCGGCUUGUAUGUGUACAACACCACCGUCGUGCCAGUCGACUCGAGUGCCUUGAUUGUGUACAACAAGGGUGCCACAUAUAACUCGGUGCUGUACAACUCCACCGUCGUUUUUGAUUCCUGCACGGUUCAGCAAAAGUCUGGCACCAGCACUUCCAAUGUCUACCUGGGUGCGGCCAACAAAGGAUAUGGCUCCGUGGUAGUCUAUCGAGGCUCGGCUCUUGGCAGCUUGAUCGCAGCAUCGGGUGCCUACACCGAUAGCUACUCCGUGGACUCCCAAAACUUCUACGGUGAAUAUCAAGAUACCGGCGCGGGCUCCUAUGCAAACAACGAAGCUAAGCGGUCUGCCUAUGUUCACCUGCUGAGUGCAUCGGACCUCACCCGCUUCUCCCCAGCCGGUCUUUUCUCAAGUGUCUACUCCCAGUUCGCCACAACCAGCACAGAUUGGGUCGAUGCUGAAGUCCUGGCCGCCAUUCAGAGUGCUGAUGCCAGUCAGCAAUCAGUUUCCACCUCUAGUGCCCAAGUCUCAUCCAGUACCAGUGGUACGACAACAUCUACAACUACGACUCAAGUCACGGCCAGCGCCGUGACUUCCACCUUGAUUCGCGCAAGCGUCACUACGACUGCGGCAUCUUCUGCUGCGGUCCGCGUCUCUGCCUCAUCCUCUACUCUCUCGUCGGCAACGAGUUCAUCGUCAUCCGGAUGCUCUUUGCCGUCCACGGUACCCACCAGUGCUUUGGUAGUCGGUCCAUCAGGUAGUUGUGCGCAGUACACCAGCAUUGCAUCGGCUGUCGCGGCCCUGCCCUCCGACUCCACCACUCAGUAUGUCUAUAUCCUCUCGGGCACUUACGAGGAAGCUAUUACCAUUAGUCGCGAGGGGGCUACGGUAUUCCGUGGGGAGACCGCAAAUGCCCUCGAUCAGUCCAGCAACACGGUCACCAUCGUGCAUUCCGCUGCCGUUCUGUCGAGCAACGGCGGAUCGGCAUCGACUGCAACAUUCCAAGCGUCCCAGUACUAUGCCAAGGGAAUUUCUUUCUACAACAUCAACUUUGAAAAUGACUAUACCCCCACCAAGAACUACAUCGCCGUGGCGGUUGCUGCUAAGGCUCAAGUACUGGGCUUCUACGGCUGUGGCAUCAAGUCUUCCCAAGGAGGUUUGUUGAUCAACUAUGGUGCCUUUUACUUCUCGGACUGUCGGAUUGAGGGUACCACCGACUUCAUUUGGGGUUAUGGAGGCAUUUACGUGUACAAUUCGCGCAUCAUUUCGGAUGGAACAACCACUGGCCAGACCAUCGCUGCGCAGUCCUACCAGAGCACCUACGAACCAUCCCAGUUCGUCUUCGAUAGCUGCGCGUUUGUACCGAGUGACAGCUCUGUCCCGAAGAGCAGCACUUACCUUGGACGGGACUAUUCCACCUCCGCCCGUGUUGCCGUUCUGAAUUCGUAUCUCGAUGCCCACAUUGCGCCCAUCGGCUGGUUGAUCUCAUCGUCGAGCAGCAGCGUGACCUUCGCCGAGUACAACAACACUGGUCCAGGCGCCUCCACCAGUUCGCGCAGCAGUGUUGUGGACAUCCUAUCUGAUGACAGCGCGUAUACUCUUUCUGCUGUCCUGGGAAGCACGAGCUGGAUUGAUACAUCAGCCGUCGCUCCCUUCUCUGGCUUCCCCGAUUCCGUCUACGGCUCCUCGGCUUCCUCCUCUGUCUCCGUGACUGCCACCGCGAGCUCCUCGGUCACUGCCUCGGCCACCAGUGCGGCCGCCACGAGCACUUCGACAUUCGUGGUCUCACAGAAUGCCACCACUGGGCAGUACCGUAACGUCACCGCUGCGAUUGCUGCUCUGCCGAACGAUGGCAUGGCUUACACCAUCUACAUCCAUGCCGGUACCUACACUGAGCAGAUCUCCAUCACACGCUCUGGGAAGGUCACUUUGCGCGGCGAGACUUCGUUCGAGAAUGACUACACCCAGAAUCUCGUCACCAUUGAGUUCUCAAACGGAGAGCUCACCAGUGCGGGCGAAGAUGAAAGUACCCCUGUCAUCAAUGCCAAGAAGACGGACGGCACAGGCUUGGCUCUGUACAACAUCAACUUUCAGAAUACCUAUCCUCAGACCAGCAACACCGCCGCACUGGCGGCCGACUUCUAUGGCACCAAUAUGGCUGCCUAUGGUUGUUCCUUCAUUGGGUUCCAAGACACCUUGCUCGCAAACAAGGGUACACAAGUCUUCUCGAACUGUUAUAUCGAAGGGUCCAUCGACUACAUUUGGGGAUAUUCCACCGCGUAUUUCCACCAGUGUUAUAUUGCUACGAACACCCCUGGCGCGUGCAUCGCCGCGCAGAGUCGUUCCUCGUCAACUGCGUCGGGCGGUUAUGUCUUCGAUACCUGCUAUGUCACCUACACUAGCAGCUAUGGGUCGACAUAUGGCAAGUCAUACCUUGGUCGGCCCUAUUCCGAGUACAGCAUUGCAGUCUACAUGAACUCCUACUUGGACAAGCACAUCAACGCUGCUGGGUGGGAACAGUGGUCCACGAGUUCUCCCAAUACUGCCUACGUGACCUUUGGCGAAUACAACAAUUCGGGACCUGGAGCCUGGUCUUCGAGCCGUGUCUCAUUCGCUACCAACUUGACUGCUACUCAAGCGGCCUUGUACACCUUGUCGUCAUGGAUUGGUGACACGUCGUGGCUGGAUAUGACCGCGUACGAUUAUGUACCUUCAUACAGCUUGACCGGGCCCACAACUACGACCAGCACCAACACCUCGACCUCGACCUCGACCGCCACUGCCACCUGGGCGCAUCCUACUAGUGGCACUGUACCUCCCUCAGGUGCUGUGCUUGUUUCGCCUGGAGGUACUGUCAACGGAUCGUACAGCACUCUGACGGAUGCCCUGGCGUCUCUGCCCGACGAUUCCACCACGCAGAUUAUCUUCAUGUACGCCGGCUCCUACGAUGAGCAAGUGCCGUCAGUCAAUCGCGAUGGACCAGUGAUGAUCAUCGGUUAUCAGUCGGGAAGUCCUGGUGCUACUUAUCAGAACAAUCAAGUCACCAUCACCUACUCGCGGGGCUUGUCCGUCAGCCCAUUACCCACUGGCCAUUCGGACGCGGAGACCGCUACGUUCGCAACCGCCAGCAAUCAGAUUGCUCUGUAUAACAUUGACAUCAUCAACACUGCCAAUUUGGACGGCUCGGAGUCGUCGUAUGUUACGCUGGCUGGCUCCAUCUACGGUUCUGAAAUCGGUUUCUAUGGUUGUAGCUUCGUUGGCUGGCAAGACACCCUUCUGACCGGCAGUACAACUGGCUACCAAUACUACGAAUCGUCCUACAUUGAGGGCGCAAUUGACUUCAUCUGGGGUUACUCCAAGGCUUACUUCAAGGGCUGCACCAUCGGUGCCAAGCGCCAGAAGUCCGCCAUCACUGCCCAAAGCCGUGCCUCAUCGACCGCCGUUGGCGGUUAUAUCUUCGAUCAGUGCUUGUUUGAGGCUGCCAGCGAUGCUACGGUCGAUCUGACCGAGCUUGUCUACCUAGGUCGGCCGUAUUCGGAAUAUGCUCUUGUGGUCGUGAAGAACUCUUAUUUGACGGAUAUCAUCAACCCCUCCGGGUGGAAGGUUUGGAGCACAUCCGAUCCUCGCACUGACUAUGUGACCUUUGCUGAGUACAAUAACUCCGGACCUGGCAAUUGGGAGAAUAAUGCUGCGUCGCGUGAGGCCUUCGAGUACUGCACUUUGUUGACCUCGGACACCUACACUCUGUCCGAGGUCAUGGGAUCGACGGACUGGAUUGAUAUGACUUACUGGGACUCCAUUGUUACCCCCGAGCCUGCGUCUACCACGACAACCACCACCACCACCACUGGCUCGAACUCAACAACUAUCUAUGACGGCACCACUCCUCCGGCGGGAGCUUACAUUGUCUCUAAGACGGCUAUUGCCAACGUGACGACCUAUGACACCAUCCAAAGUGCGCUAAACGCUUUGCCUACUUCUAGCAAGGUGACGCCUACGGUUUUCAUCUAUCCUGGCACCUACGAGGAGCAGUUGGUGGUCAAUCGAUCUGGCACUACCAUUUUCAUGGGUUACUCAGAUAAUCAUCUCGAUUAUGCGAGCAACCAAGUCACCAUUCAGUACAACCACGGUGUGGACACUCAGGCUGACGAGUCCAACUCGGACAGCGCCACUGUAUACGCCACGGGCAACUACUUCCAGGCUAUCAACAUCAACUUUGUGAAUAAUUUUGGAACGACCAAGGACUACGCUUCCCUCGGAUUUGCGGUCAAGUCCAGCAAGUACGCCUCGCUCUAUGGCUGCCAGGUGACCGGCAAUCAGGAUGCGCUGUUGAUCAACGGCUACUUCUUCGCUAGCAACAGCUACGUUGAGGGUAACAUCGAUAUGAUUUGGGGCUCUGGUUCGGGCUAUUUCCUCAACUCGACUAUCUCUCCCAACGAAGAUGGCAUUAAUCUAACGGCCGACAAGCGCUCGACCAGUACUUCAGUUGGUGGCUUUGUCUUUGAUCAGUGCACCGUCACUCCGGCCUCUGGAGCUGGUAGCAUGUCCGAGAUCUCGCUGGGUCGCCCUUGGAACAGCUACGCUCGUGUGGCUUACAUUGAAUCGUACCUUGACUCGUGCGUUGAAGCUGCUGGCUGGGAGCAAUGGUCCUCGAGCAGCCCCCAGACCGACGGUGUCCUGUUUGGUGAGUACCAGAACUAUGGCCCUGGGUCGUCGACCACCGACCGGGCGUCUUUUGCGACGGUGCUGGAUGCCAGUACAGUCGCGCAAUUUGAGCUCACCAACUUUUUCGCCUCGACUUCCUGGAUCAACCUCACUCUGGUUGAUGGCACUCCGUUCGUGCCGGGUAACUCGACCACUGUGCCAGUCACCAGCGCCAGCCUCGUGUCCAGCACUUCUGAGCUGGUUACGGCAACUCCGACCACGACUGUCACUACGCUCUUGACUGUCACUGACCAGGAAACUGCCUUCACGACCCUCACGCCCGCGGACCGCACUUCAACGGUCAAGGUCACGGUCACCGAAGACGUGGGCACCACUGUGACCCUGGCUGAGUCGUUCAAGACCACUGUCGAGAAGACCACUAUUUCCAGCACCGUGACCAUUUCAGAACCGACUGUGACUAGCGUCACAUCGACCGUGAUCACCAGCUCGGAUUUAGAAACCAUCACGGCACCUGCCAGCACCAAGACGACCACCGUCAAGGAUACAACGACGGUCACCGCCACUGUCACUGAGGGCGAUGUCACUACUACGAUCAAGAGCACGGUCACAGCCACCAGCACCAUCACCUCCUCUGCGAAGGCCAAAAUCAUCACUUCAACAGUGGCUAGCACGACCACCAGCGUCAAGACAUCCACUCCGGGCACUGUCACGGUCUCAUCAUAUACCACCGUGACCCAGGGCAGCGGCGGCACUACCACGGAAAGUACAAAGGCCACCACCACUACUGUAGACGUGACUUCGACCAAGACCAGCACGAAGACUGUUACGACCACGCUCAGCUGUAUCCCCUCCGCUAACGCCAAGCGCGAUUUGAUUCUACCCCGGGCUACGGUCAAUGCGGCCACUGUUACUCAAUACACCACUUUGACAACCUAUGUCCGGACCUCAACCGACAAGCUGGCCUCGCCCACGGUGUUCGUUACGUCGACCACAACCAAGACCACAGGCGAGACUUCAACCCUAAAGGCUUCUACGAGCACCAUCACCAGCGUCUCAGCGACAACCAAGGUUGCUACGGAAACCAUCAAGGCCGUUACAGUCUUCCUGACGGAGAGCAGCACCAAGGUGGUUGCGAAAACUACCACGCUCAAAGCCAGCACCAUCACAGAGACCAUCACGUCCGCGGCCACCAAGACCUCGACCGUGUCUGUGCCCGGUGCGACCGUGACAGUCACCAGUCUGAAGACUACUACCAUCAAGUCGACCGUCACAUUGCCUCAGAGCACCGUUACUAGCACCAAGGCAACUGUGACCACGGUCAAAGAGACGGUCACCUUGGCGACUCCCACAACCACCGUCCUGAAGACGACCACUGUGAGCCUGAAGCCCUCGGUGACUAUCACUGAGCGGGCGACCAGCACCCGUACGUCGACUAUUGAUCAGACAGUCACUGAGACUUCGACGGUGACCAAGACCUCGAAGAGCGCGAAGGCUUGCCCUACCUAGGGGGAUGUCGGCACUCAUAUUAUUCUUUUCUCUGUCCGGGAUUCGGGGGAUCUGUGUGUCCUGUCUCAUUACUAGUAUUAUAGCUAUAUCUAAUGGUUUAUCUCUUUUCCAAA